UUGAUUUUGGUAAUACUGUUGUUGUUGAGGUUCUUUCUUUUGUUUUACUUUGUGGGUUUGUGUUGAAAUUGAAGUCUGUGAAGUUAUUUUCUUGAGGAUGUUUUUGGUUUGUUUGGUUUUAGCCUAGUUUUAUAGGUUUUAACUUGUGUGAGUUUGCUGAGUGUUUCUUGCAUGACGUUUUUUUUUUGUUUGUUGAUGUUUAUUUGUUGUGUGCUGAUAUUGGGUUUUGAGAAAGUUGGGAACUUUAACUUCAUUUAAGUGGUUUUGUAAUGGAGUAAAGAAACGAUCUUUAACUCAUACCUCUAGAAUUGGAAUUUGUUGUUUUAGGUGCUUGUUGAGUAAUGAGGUUUUUUUCUUUCUGAGGGAACACUUUUUUUUGUUUGUUGAUGUUUAUUUGUUGUGUGCUGGUAUUGGGUUUUGAGAAAGUUGGGAACUUUUACUUCAUUUAGGUGGUUUGUAAUGGAGUAAAGAAACGAUCUUUAAUCUCACACCUCUAGAAUUGGAAUUUGUUGUUUUAUGUGCUUGUUGAGUAAUGAUUUCUUCUGUCAGUCUUUGUAGGGUUAAGGUCCGCCUCAGACCCCACUUGUGGUUGUUGUUGUACUUUUAAUGUCCAAAAUUAGAGCUUUGGUGAGUGGUUGUGCUGGUUUUGUUUUGAGAUGAAUGAAUUUGUCCAUCAACUGAUGAUGGUCUAAAUUCUUCUGUCUCAUUGUUUAUUGCUCAACUUUUAUGCUCAGUUAUCUGGGAAGAUGUUUAGUAAGAUUGGGAAGAAUAGAUGUUUGCUGAGUAGCCUGAUCGGUAUCUUGGCCUCAUUUAAUUAUUACCAAGGUAGAAACAAGGAGUCAGGUCUCUAUUAGGAAUUGAAAGUUGCUUUUGAAAAAAAGCCUAGUUCUUUAAUUAAAGUUGGUGUCUUUGGGGGCUCUCCACGAGGUAGGGUUAGGGCUUGCGUACACUCUACACUCCCCAGAUCCCACUUGUGGGAUUACACUAGGUAAGUUGUUGUUGUUGUCUUUGGGGGCAUCUUGUGGUUCUAGAAUUUUGAGGAGAAGCAUCUUGCACCAAGUUGAAAUAAUUGACUGAUUGGUGUAGCUGUGGACCCAAAGAUGACUAUCAUCUGUUUGCAAGUGUACAGCUUUACCCAUAAUUUAAGAAGUUGAAAGCUGAAACAGGAGCAAGAGAGGUUUAGAAUUUUUAUUAUGCAGUUAUCUUUGCUCUCUAUUAGAGCUGGUAAAGAGCUCUUAAUGUUGUAUCAACUAGCAUUCCCAGCCUGUAUAUCACACCUGUUUGGUUGUAAUUUUUUUUGUUAAAUGCUCUCUGGUUUCUUUAGCUAAUGUAUAUGAAUGCAAACUAUGAAACCCCCCAAUUCAUCAGAAAGAAAAUGAAUAAUGCAGAAUAAAAUCACAUAGCAAAUGUGAAGGUGAUAGGAGAGACUCAACCCCAGAUGUUCCUUGCAAUCACGUAAUGUUGACAAUAUCACUUGAGAAUAUACGCUAGUUUGUUUUAGAUCUUCUGAAGAUGCCAAUUAUAAAUGUAUCUAAAGAAAAGGGAAGAACACCAUGGGAGAUUCGUCCAGGAUCUAAUUCCGUCCUUAUCACUAAUGACGCUUCUCUUUUCACAAGCUCAGUGCCUGUUCUUCAACAUGAGAAGCUGAAAGUAAGUGACGGCGACCAUGGCCAUCAAUCUGUUGAUGAUGCAUCACCAAGCUUGAAGAUAAUUCACCCGGAUGUAGAGGUUGAUGUGCUGCUGGAUGAUGGUGAAAAUCGUGCAAUUGGAAGCUUGCUUCCUGAUGACGAGGAUGAACUUUUAGCUGGGAUAAUGGAUGGGUUUGACCCUAGUCAGUUUCCCAACCACACAGAUGACUUGGAAGAGUAUGAUAUUUUUGGAAGUGGAGGAGGCUUAGAGUUGGAGUUUGAUGGUCAGGAACACUUAAACCUGGGUAUAUCGAGAGUAAGUCUGGCUGAUCCAGAUAGCAAUGGAGCUGCUAUUUAUGGACUUUCAAAUGGUGGGGGUGCGGUUACCGGAGAACAUCCACUUGGAGAGCACCCUUCAAGAACAUUAUUUGUUCGCAACAUAAAUAGCAAUGUUGAGGAUUCUGAGCUAAGAACUCUCUUUGAGCAAUAUGGUGAUAUCCGAACUCUCUAUACUGCCUGUAAGCAUAGGGGCUUUGUCAUGAUAUCAUACUUCGAUAUUCGUGCUGCUCGAACUGCAAUGCGAGCAUUGCAAAAUAAGCCACUGCGAAGGAGAAAACUAGACAUACAUUUCUCAAUCCCUAAGGACAACCCCUCUGACAAAGAUGUAAAUCAAGGAACUCUUGUGGUUUUUAAUCUAGAUCCAUCUGUAUCAAAUGAUGACCUCCGCAAAGUAUUUGGGCCUUAUGGUGAGAUCAAAGAGAUAAGGGAAACACCACACAAGAGGCACCAUAAGUUUAUCGAAUAUUACGAUGUCAGAGCUGCAGAAGCUGCCCUUAGGUCCUUAAAUAAGAGUGCCAUAGCUGGCAAGCGGAUAAAGCUUGAACCAAGCCGCCCUGGAGGAGCUAGACGAAAUCUUGUAUUGCAAUCAUCUCAAGAACCUGAACAAGAUGAUUCUUGGACUUUUCGGCAUCCAUUGGGUUCCUCAAUUGGUAAUUCCUCCCCGGGUAAUUGGCCACAAUUUGGCAGCCCUAUAGAGCAUGGCUCCACGCAAAGUCCUGGCACUUCACCAGGCUUUAGAUCCCUGAGUCCCACCAUUGCCAAUAAUCUACAUGGGUUAGCUUCAAUUUUGCAUUCUCGUGCAUCAAAUACCUUGACGGUAGCACCUAUUGGUAAUGCUCGCACAAUGAGCGGUCAUGCAGAUUUCCCUAUUGGUUCAAACCAUGGUGUUCCCUUCGCUCAGUCUAAUUCUUUCCCUGAGCCUAAAAUAAGCCAGUUUGGUGGAACAGUGUCCUCUUUUGGUGCUUCAAGUACAAAUGGUUCUGCUGUUGAAACACUCUCAGGACCACAGUUUCUCUGGGGCAGUCCAAAGUUGCAGUCUCAACAGAGUAAUUCUUCAGCCCGGAAAACUGAGUCUUUGGGGAAUGCUUUUUCAUUUGGUGGUCAGGGCGAUAGGUUUUCCUUGUCAAAUCAUCAAAAAUCUUUCCUCAAUUCAUCUCAGCACCAUCAUCACCACCUUCAUCAUGUUGGAUCUGCUCCAUCUGGUCUUCCCCUUGAUAGGCACUUUGGUUUUUACCCAGACUCAUCAAUCUUGAGCCCAGGUUUUAGGGGCAUGGGUAUAGGUCCUCGUGAUGGAAGUUUGAUGGUUAACUAUGGUUCUCGUACUACUUUGAAUGCUGGUGUUGCUGUUCCAAGGAAUAUGUCGGACAAUGCUUCUCCUAGAUUUGGCAUGAUGUCUUCCCAAAAACUUGGUCCAUUGUUCCUUGGUAAUGGUCAUUUCCCAGGACAUGCAGCUACUAGCUUUGAGGGGCUGACUGAACGCAGUCGCACUCGACGUGUUGACAAUAAUAAUGGGAACCAGAUGGACAACAAGAAGCUGUUUCAACUUGAUUUGGAUAAGAUUAGAUGUGGUGAAGAUACUCGGACUACUUUGAUGAUUAAAAAUAUUCCUAACAAGUACACCUCCAAGAUGCUUUUAGCUGCUAUUGACGAACAACAUAAAGGCACUUUUGAUUUUCUGUAUCUGCCCAUCGAUUUCAAGAACAAAUGCAAUGUGGGAUAUGCCUUUAUCAACAUGUUGUCUCCAUCACUCAUUAUCCCAUUUUAUGAGGCAUUUAAUGGAAAGAAGUGGGAGAAAUUCAAUAGUGAGAAAGUUGCUGCUUUGGCUUAUGCUCGGAUUCAGGGAAAGACGGCCCUUGUUGCCCACUUCCAGAAUUCAAGUUUGAUGAAUGAAGAUAAGCGAUGUAGGCCAAUCCUUUUCCACUCAGAAAGUUCAGAAUUGGGGGAUCAGAUUGUUCAGGAACAUCUUUCAUCAGGCUGCUUACAUAUUCAAGUCUGCCAGUCAAACGAGUCAGACAUCCUGGGGUCACAAGGCAGCCCACCUGAGGAUCCAGUUGACGAAUUGGAGAAUAGCUAGCAGUAGCAUUGGAAUUUAUUUUUUUUGCUCGCGGCUUUAAGAGUGCAGCUGGCUAGUACAAGUGUGAGAUACAUGUGCAGAGUAGCAUGAUUUAAGGCACAGAAUAGAAGUAUGAAGAUCUUUGUAUUAUAAUGAGUAGGUGUUUUUGGUUAAAAAUCUCUAAGAGGAAGAGGGUUCUGUUAGACUUAAGUACAUCAAGCAUCUGUGUAGGUUCAUGUUGUAAUCCUAUGGCAAGUUGAAAUGGCAAAUGCUAUCUCAACAUGGCAUGCAAGGUUAUAGUUUUGUAACAUUGUUUUGGUGGUUAGAGUGAAGAGGGGAUGCUUGAAAUUUGUAAAGUGGGAAGGAAAGCUGGCUGUUGUUUUGUAUCAAACAAGCAUUUUGGUAUUUAUAUUGAACUUGCUAGAAAAUUGCAUAACAAAA